CGACUCCCAAAGAAAGCCAGCCCGUCCGUGUCUGAGUAGUUGCCCCCCAAACCCUUUUCAUCGCCAUCGUUGGACACCCAUCGCCGAUUGUAAAAGAUGGCGCAACCCGUCAGGAGGUUUCCCGGCCACUUGGCCCAGUUCGUGAGGUGUUACUCGGUUUCGGCUGAGAGUAUUCCCGCCGCCAAGAAGAAGUAUGUGCCGACUGAGGGCAUGUAUCCCCAGGGUUUUCAGGCCUCUGGAAUCCUCGUGGGAGUGAAGCCGGGAAACAAGACCAAGCCCGAUCUCGCUCUGCUCAGCUCAGACCGGCCUUGCGCCGCCGCCGCCGUCUUCACCAAGAACAAAUUCCAGGCGGCACCCGUCACCUUCAGCCGAGACCUCCUGAAGAAGAAGGCCAACCGCGGCAUUCGUAGUGUCCUCAUCAACUCGGGGUGCGCCAAUGCCGUCACCGGAAAGGGUGGUCUCGAGGAUGCCUCUCUCAUGGCGCACGCCGCCGACAAGGCUGUUGGAGGCGAGGGCGAUGCGUCGUCAACCAUUGUCAUGAGCACGGGAGUCAUUGGCCAGAGACUCCCCAUUGCCAAGAUCGUCGACAAUGUUCCCGCUGCUCAAGGGGCUCUGGGCUCAUCUCACAAGCACUGGCUGAGCUUUGCUACCGCCAUCUGCACGACCGAUACGUUCCCGAAACUCAAGUCCAAGACCUUCACGCUGCCCUCGUCACCAGGCGUCGAGUACCGUAUUGCUGGCACCACCAAGGGCGCCGGCAUGAUCCAUCCCAACAUGGCCACGCUCCUCGGUGUUGUAGCUACCGACGCCCCCAUCUCGCCUGCCGUCAUGCCCUCGGUUCUUAAGCAUGCCGUCGACCGCUCAUUCAACAGCAUCACGAUCGAUGGAGACACCUCGACCAACGACACUCUCGCGCUGCUCGCCAACGGUGCCGCUGGAGGCAAGGAGAUUGUGUCCGAGGAUUCGGCCGAUUACGCUGCUUUCAAGGAGGUCCUGACUGAUUUCUCUAUCGACCUGGCCAAGCUCAUUGUCCGAGACGGUGAGGGCGCCACCAAGUUCGUCACGAUCCGCGUUGUCGAGUCCGCUAGCGAGGAGGCUGCACGGAAAAUUGCCAGUACCAUUGCCAGGUCGCCUCUCGUCAAGACUGCGCUGUACGGAAGGGACGCCAACUGGGGCCGCAUCCUGUGCGCGACUGGUUACUCGCUUGUGUCCGAGCCCGGCCAGGCCGUCAGCGAUGUUCCCGAGGUCGUCCCCGAGAAGACCAACGUCUCCUUCGUGCCUACGGAUGGCACCCCUGAGCUGAAGCUGCUCGUCAACGGCGAGCCUGAGAUGGUUGACGAAGCCAGGGCUUCCGAGAUCCUGGAGUUGGAGGACUUGGAGAUCAUCGUGAGGCUGGGCACUGGUGACAAGGAGGCCACGUACUGGACCUGCGAUUACAGCCACGAGUACAUCACCAUCAACGGUGACUACCGCACGUGAAAGGGCCGUUGACAGUCUGGGGGUUUGGAAAAUUAGAUCACAGCUAGAGUCAUUGGGAAGCAUUGUCAUAUUAGAUACGCUGGGCCGCAGGGCGUGAAGCGAACGAAGUACCUAGAGUUGAGGUGGUUAUUCGGAAUGGUCCAUUAAGAGGUCCAAUCGAGGUAGUCGAUCGGAAUGUUCAAUUGAGAGCUUAGCAAUGAAGUUCGUUCGCGUCAGACCUGCCAAACAAUGGUGGCUCCGGGGGGUUUGUCUCC